GUAGGCAAUUGUUCUAUGGGUGCAGGCUGUGCGGUGUCCCCGCCUCAGGAAAGGCCCGCAGGCGGAUCUCGCUGCCGGUUCCGCUGCCGGUUCCGCUUCCGGGCGCUCGCUGUCACCGAGGGCGGGAGGGGGCGGUGCUGGCCCGCGGCCCGCCCUACCAUGGCGGAGUACGUGCAGGUGCUGAAGCGGGCGCUGAAGCACAUCGGCGGCCACGGCGGGGCCCGCGGCGCCAUCCUGCAGCUGCUCAGGGUCAAUGAUUUGAAGACUGGUAAUCUGAUAGGAACUGACAAAUAUGGAAACAAAUACUACGAAGACAAAAGAAACUUCUUUGGUCGGCACAGAUGGGUUGUAUAUACUGAAGAAAUGAAUGGCAAAAAUACCUUUUGGGAAGUUGAUGGAAGUAUGGUGCCCCCUGAAUGGCAUCGCUGGCUGCACGCAAUGACGGAUGACCCUCCAACUACUCAUCCACCAGUUGCUCGUAAAUUUAUCUGGGAGAACCAUAAAUUCAAUGUGAGUGGCACUCCUGAGCAGUAUGUGCCUUACUCUACUACUCGCAAGAAGAUACACGAGUGGAUCCCACCUAAAACAAGCUGCGACUAAUAACAGCGACAACAUGACUUGUCUCAGCCUGGGCUUUCAGUGUAAAUUGUAUUUUCACUGGUUUUAUUCAGAAUAAAAGCCUCCUAUAGCAA